CAGGAGUGGGUGAUCCUCACAUGGUAACAUUAGACGGUGUUGAAUACACUUUCAAUGGAUAUGGUGAAUACACGCUGCUAAAAGUCUAUACCAUUGGAUUCCACUUACAAGGUAGAAUGGAACCACUUCCUGCAAGGGAUGGAAGACAGAUCAAAGCUACUGUCUACACAGCCUUUGCAAUGAAAGAAAACGGAUCAGAUACAAUAGAGAUUCGCCUCAAUGGCCGAGGGUUUCUGGACGUGGUUGUGAAUGGACAGCUAGAGAAUUUCGAUGACGAACAAACAGUCGAUUUUAAGAACGUUAUGAUAAUAAAGGAAGGAAAUAACACGAAGUAUUCCGCUAUCUUCCAUUCUGGAGUAGCUGUUAUUGCUGAAGGAUUCACCACUCUUAUGCAGUUCACUGUUAUGAUGCCAAAGCAUUUUAAACGUUAUACGAGUGGUUUACUGGGAUACUGGGAUGACAACAAGAAUCAAGAAUUCCUUCUUCCAAAUGGCUCGUUCUUAAACACAUCAUCGAAUUCCAAGUCUUUACAUUACGACUUUGGUCUUAAAUGGGCAACACAAGCUCACGAGUCUCUAUUCACAUAUGGACAAGGGAAGAGUCAUCAAACCUACUCAAACCCAAACUUCCUUCCAGUCUUCGUGGACAUGAAUAACAUGGUGUUUGAGGAUAAAGUGUUAGAGAGAAAGGCUCGUUCUGCUUGUGGUAAUAGCGUGCAGUGUUUAUUCGAUGUUCAAGCAACAGGUGAUACUAAUAUUGGACUCGUGACUAAAAACAGCAUUCAACAGCUACAAGAGAUUAUCAAUAUUACAGAAACUAAAGGCUGUAUUCCUUUGGAUGCAAACUUUGCGAACGGAUUUUACGAAAGAAAUGAUUCAGAAGGAAGCAUCACUUACUGGUACAGAUGUCAGCCUGAGUUCAUCCUCAAUGGAUCGUCCAUUGUUUCGUGUUUCCAAGGAGAAUGGAACGGAACAGCACCUAGUUGUCUUCCUAUCGAAGCCAAAGAAUGCCCAAGUGUGGAAACGAAGAUCCAAAACGGAGAAGCAAGGUCACGUGGCCGACUACCCACUGCCGGUUCUGAGGUGUUGUUUGAGUGUCUAGAAGGGUAUGAUCUUGUUGGUGCAGAUUCUAUCGUGUGUAGGGAGGAUGGUACUUGGAGUAGUGCAACACCUUACUGCAGAAAAAGAUGUUCGAAAGUAACUAUUCUCAAUGGAAAUACGACGUAUAAUGAAACAGAACAUCACGUGACUGCUCAUUUUACCUGCAUCAAGGGCUACAAGAUGGUUGGUGCUGAUCAAAUACUUUGUAUUAAGAGUAAUGGAACAUGGACUGAUGCACCACCUUCUUGCCAGCUUGCUUCUGGUGCCGUGGAACAUCUCCUUGAUUCAAAAGGAUAUAAAACAAAAGCCAUAGCUAUCGGUGUGACGCUAAGCUUGAUGAUAAUUCUAGCGCUGUGCAUCUUGGUCGUCUAUCUGUUUAUCAAACGUAAAUCAAGCAACCCAAAGAAACAGGCCGAGGAAUCCUUCAGAAUGGAAAAUGAAGAGACUCUGCUUACUAAAGAUGAAAGGAAGAAAGUGGAAGUUGUUUAUUUGUAAGCAGGAAUAAGUCAGUCACAAAAUCCAGCGCUAGAUAUCAGUUGUAUAUAACGACAGUUACCUCAAUGGAUGCGUUCAACUUAGCUAAGUUAAGGAAUGUUUAGUCCUAAAAGUGCUCGUAAAAGAUCGUGAAGUGCUCGUCAAAGAUCGUGAUGUGCUCUUAAAGUGCUAGUAAAAGACCCUAAGAAAUAAAAAAGGGCUUGUAAGAGA